AUGACUAAAGAUAGACUUCCAGAAUUGAAAGCAAAUACUGAAAAAUAUGGAGAUGGUAAAGAUAUCAGUAUUAUUAAUCAUUUCACUGUUAUUAAUAUGAAAGAAGCUUUUUUCAUAGAUUUUUUUGAUAAAGUUGAUUUUCUUGCAAAUAUCAUCGAUCAAAUUACUGAGCUCGUCAAUCAUAUUGAACAUUUACACAAUGCUAUGUUAGAAUCACCACUUGAUUCUAAAAUUAGAGAUGAACUUGAAGAAAAAAUGAGAGAACUAAGACAAUUAGGUGACAAUGUUCGAAGAUAUUUGAAAGAAAUGAAACAAAUUCACGAAAUAGAAACACAUAAUCAACAAAAAAAAAUUCGUCAACGUAUUAUUGAAGCUCAAUUGAAUUAUCUAACAAAACGUUUUUGUGAUAUAAUGGAUAAAUAUUACGGAUCAGUAAUUACUUAUCGUGAAAAAUGUAGAACAAAAGUUGUUCGUCAAUCUCAAAUAGAUGGAAUUGAAAAAAAUGAUAAUGAAAUAGAAGAACUUCUACAAAAUAGACAUUCAAUUUUUUAUCCACAAGUUACAAUCGAUAUACAACAAACAAAGCAAAAUUUAAAUGAUAUGGAAGAAAGUCAUUUAGAUAUGAUGUACUUUGAGGAUAGCAUUCAAGAAUUACAUGAUAUGUUUAUUGGUAUAGCUAAUAUAAUUGAAUUGCACGGAGUAAGAAUUACUUCUAUUGAAGAAUAUCUAUCCGAAGUAUCCGAUGAUAUUGUAAAAACUCAAAAUAUUAUUCUUACUACUAAAAUUCUAAAUCAUUCUGCAAGAAAAAGAAAAAUUUGUAUUAUCACUAUUUUCAUUACCAUUUCGAUUAUUUGCAUCGUGUUUUUAAUACAAAGCAUUCUGUGA